AUGCCACGAUCUUCAAGUCCGUUUUUAUAUGAACAACUUACAGGUGAAAUAAUAUUUUCACAUUUAACAGCUAGUAUUUGUAAACAUAUUAUUUUACCAAAGAAGAACCAUCAUCAAUCUCGUCAUUUCUUAUCAAAAGAUGCUGAAACACAAUCAAUUUUUAAAUACACAAAAAAAUUUUUAAUGAUUGACAAUCAUCCAUUGACAGGUUUCGAUGAACUUGAAGCAGAUUUGUUUUUUAAAUUUUGUUUUAAUGAAAGUAUUUGUUUACAUAUACCAACGAAUUUGAAAAACGAUUUAUUUAUUAUUGACAAACAUGAACAACCUAUAUAUACCGCUGAAGAAAAAAUUAUUGAUGACAUAUUAUCCAAUGAUUUUGAUUUAACUAGUAUGAUCUUCCCAGAUAAAUCACCAUCAGCAAUUGAUGAUGAUAAUCAAUCAUAUAAUAGUGAGCCAUCAACAAUAUUUAAUAAGCGUUAUUGUCUUUUUGAAAGUACAAUUAAUGUCGAAAAUCUUCAGAAAAAAUUAUUACAGUUGGAACGGCUUUUAGCUUUUUUUUACAUCGCGCCAUUUAUUUCGAUUAAUACACUGUAA